UGACCACGAAUGUCCAUCUUCUCUACUCUCUCUAAACACUAUAAAAAUCUGCUAUUCGAAAGCUUCGCCAUCAGUUUGAAGCUGCUCAUAGUCUCUGUAAUUCCUCGGACGAAUCUGAAAAUUGGAGCCACUCUAGACUAGCUCCAACUCUUUUUCCUUGCUGAGAAGAGAGAAAUAACUUUAGCCACAUUACUUUAAAGAGAAGUGCCAAAGUUUUUUUUAGGACGACCAAAAAAGGAAAGUUGACCAAGUUUUUUGCGACGGAGUUCGACAGAUUGCCACAGGCAGAACGCCAGAUUGCUGCAUGCAGUUGGUCUCCAGCCACCGUCGCAGAUGUGCACGCUGCUGCAGAUCUAGCCGUCGCUACUGCAAACCUGGCCACCACCGCUAUAGAUCUAGCCAGAUAUAGCCUCCACCGGCCACCGCUGUAGAUCCGAUUGACGCCGAUGUAGAUCCGGAUCGCUGCCACAAAUCGCUGCCAACUCCGCUGGUGCCUCCAUUGUUGGACUUUCGACCACCACUGGACUGAUCCCGCCACCAACGGAUUGUCCUAUUUAGGGGAAGGGAAAAAAAUACCUACUCCUAUUUUGGAAUAUAAACAACAAUUUAGUCCUAUUUAGGGAACUAACUACAUAUUGAUUGAAGAGGAAAAAAUGAAGGAAAAGAUGAGGUUCUUGAUUGGGAUGGUUCUGAUGUGCUCCUGGGUGGUGAUAACCCAUGCAGAUAGUAUGCUCUACAAAAAUCCUAGUAAGCCGCUGGGUGUACGAAUCAAGGACCUGAUGAAGAGGAUGACUUUGGAGGAAAAAAUUGGCCAAAUGGUUCAGAUUGAAAGACAAGUCGCUUCUUAUGAAGUCAUGAAGAGAUACUAUAUAGGUAGUCUGUUGAGUGGAGGUGGGAGUGUACCAAGGAAUGAGGCGCCUGCACAGGCUUGGGUGGACAUGGUGAAUGAUUUCCAGAAGGGGUCUAUGUCGACCCGGCUCGGGAUUCCUAUGAUCUAUGGAAUUGAUGCAAUUCAUGGUCAAAACAACGUCUACAAUGCUACCAUUUUCCCUCAUAACAUUGGUCUUGGAGCUACUAGGGAUCCUCAACUGGUCAAGAAGAUAGGAGCUGCAACUGCUCUUGAAGUAAGGGCCACUGGGAUUCAAUAUGCGUUUGCACCAUGCAUUGCGGUAUGUAGAGAUCCAAGAUGGGGUAGGUGCUACGAGAGUUACAGUGAGGAUCCGGAGGUAGUCCGGUCUAUGACUGAGAUCAUCUCUGGACUACAAGGGGAAGCACCGCCUAAUUCCCUCGGAGUCCCAUACGUUGCUGGAAAAGAAAAAGUUGCAGCUUGUGCCAAGCACUAUGUAGGUGAUGGUGGCACUGUGAAGGGCAUAGAUGAGAACAACACAGUGAUAAGCAGGCAUGGCCUCCUUAGUAUACAUAUGGGAGCCUAUUACAAUUCAAUCAUCAAGGGCGUGUCCACUGUCAUGGUUUCCUAUUCAAGCUGGAACGGCGUGAAGAUGCAUGCUAACCGUGAUUUAAUCACUGGGUAUCUCAAGGGAAGACUACGUUUCAGAGGAUUUGUUAUCUCAGACUAUAUGGGUAUCGAUGUGAUUACUCCUACCAGGCAUGAGAACUAUACAUACUCCAUUCUCCACUCUGUCAAUGCUGGAAUUGAUAUGGUUAUGGUUCCAAACAACUAUACAGAAUUCAUUGAUGGACUUACUUUUCUGGUGAAGAAUAACUUUGUGCCGAUGAGCCGAAUUGAUGAUGCGGUUGCGAGAAUUCUUAGAGUGAAGUUUAUAAUGGGUCUCUUUGAGAAUCCCUGGGCCGACUAUAGCUUGGUGAAUUAUCUUGGGUGUAAGGAGCACAGAGAGCUGGCAAGGGAAGCUGUGAGGAAAUCUCUUGUUCUCUUGAAGAACGGUGCAAAUGGAGAUGAGCCAGUUUUACCUCUUCCAAAGAAGAGAUCAAGUAUAUUGGUUGCAGGAACUCAUGCAGACGAUAUUGGCUAUCAGUGUGGUGGGUGGACAAUAACAUGGCAAGGAGUUCCUGGCAACAGUACUGUAGGUACUACAAUACUCUCGGCUAUUAGAAACACCAUUGAUCCUAAAACAGAAGUCACUUUCAAGGAAAACCCCGAUGUUGGAUUCUUGAAAUCAAAUGACUUCUCAUAUGCCAUUGUCGUAGUUGGAGAGAAAACAUAUGCCGAGGGCUACGGGGACAGCUUAAACCUGACCAUCCCUGAGCCUGGACCCACAAUCCUAACAAAUGUGUGUGCACAUGUCAAAUGUGUUGUGGUUCUCAUCACUGGACGGCCGGUUGUGAUCCAGCCAUACCUCCCACAGAUUGAUGCCCUUGUGGCUGCUUGGCUUCCCGGAACCGAAGGCCAAGGUGUUGCAGAUGUCCUCUUUGGUGAUUUUGGUUUUACUGGCAAGCUUCCGCGGACUUGGUUCAAGACAGUUGAUCAACUUCCCAUGAAUGUUGGAGAUUCACAUUAUGACCCACUCUUCCCUUAUGGCUAUGGACUUACCACAGAGCAUGUAGACGCUUAAAAGGUCCAUAUAGUUUCCAUGUAUCUGUAGCCUAUAGGGAGGGAUAUAUGCAAAAGAGAGAAAUAGAAAAGAUUUUACCGGCCUACACUUCUAUUGUCUAGCACUAGUAUAAUAAAGUUGAGCCUAACUCAUCCCAAAUAGCUCUCAAGGAGGUGGGAUUAUAACUUAUUAGAGAUUUCAUCAUCACGAAAUUUGAAUCAAGCAAUAAACUAUGCUAAUAAUGGUAACAAGAUUGAAGGAGUGUUUGCAUCUUCUUU